AUAUGUGUACAAUAUCAAAUAUAUAUUAAAAUAAAAAUGUUUAACAAAUUAAAAUAAUUGAAGUUUAUAUUAUAGUACAGUAUAUCUUAUCAGUACAUGAUAUGAAAUUAUGCUGUUGAUCUUUUUUAUAUAUUAUUAUCAGGAUUAUAAAAAAUAAACUAAAAAAUGGAGAAGGUCAAAAAAACAAAAGUUAAUCAAGCUAUUGAAUUACUUUGGCUAAAUAAGAAAGAUGCGAAGAAGAAGAAAACAAAUGGCCAUAAGAUAGAAAAAUCAUUGAAUAUUCAUGCUCAGUGUAAAAUUAUGCACUAUUACAAGAAAAGUAAGAGGCAACAUCCAGUAAGUUCCUCAAAAUACAGGAUACUCUCUGAAAUAAAAUCACAUACGAUUAAAAAAAAUUGGAGUAAAGUUAAAAAUCUAUUUUUAUUAUUACUAAAUUUUUCUAUUGAUAUUGAACCUUUAAUAUGGCGUUAUAGUCUUAUACUUUCAUUAUAUAGCAAUAUCGAUAAUUUAUCUAAUAUUUCCCAACUUUUUGAAACAUGUAUUGGUGCUUCACAUUGUGAUAAAAAUUUAAUACUGAAAAAUUUAUUGUUAUUGCGUCAUAAAUAAACAAAUUUUUAUGUCAUAAA